AUGGUCAAAUACGUCGAGGGGAGCUUUGACGAGGACUACAUUCAGACCUUAGGUGUCAAUUUCAUGGACAAAAAAAUCCAAAUACGAAACACGAAUAUCACGUUUCUGAUAUGGGAUCUAGGCGGACAAAAAGAGUUCAUUAAUAUGCUACCUUUGGUGUCUAACGACGCGGUGGCCAUCUUGUUCAUGUUCGAUCUUACCCGAAAGUCCACACUCAACUCCAUCAAGGAAUGGUACAGGCAGGUCCGUGGGUUCAACAAAACCGCCAUUCCGUUUUUAAUUGGCACGAAGUACGACGAGUUUAUCGAUUUGCUGCCCCAAGAUCAAACCGAAAUCACUAACCAGGCAAAGAAGUUCGGUAAGGCCAUGCGCCUGCCCGUGAUUUUCUGCUCAACAAGUCAUUCCAUUAAUAUUCAAAAGAUUUUCAAGAUCAUAUUGUCAAAAGCAUUCGAUCUAAAGCUCAAUAUCGAGGAGAUCGUCAACAUCGGUGAGCCAAUCUUGCUUUACAAGAAAGACGGCGCUAACUCGUGA